CCUGCUGAAGUGAUUUCCCCUGGCUGCAGUGGUUCUGGGGCAGGUUUGUUUAGGCACGGCACCUAUAGCAACUAGCCGUGGUGUUGGGCCACUGAUUUGCUAUGCUCUAGGGAACUGCCAACACCCAGUCCCUUGCUGAGAGCUCACUCCACAGCAGAGCUGAGCCUGAAGCAUGAAUUCAGGAGCAGCUGAAGAUUCCAGCGGGACCUGGGGUGAGAUUCCACCAGGGCUCCAGAUCAUCCAACAACCAGUGCCCCAACAACCCAUGAUAAUAUUUCAGCAGAUCCCUGGGAUCAUGUCUCCUCUUGCUCAGCCUAUAAGGUCUGGACACGUCCGGGAAGAUUUAAUAGAAUUAAUGAUGAUUCAAAAUGCCCAGAUGCACCAAGUCAUAAUGAACAACCUGACCAUGUCAGCGCUGACAUCUUUUGGACUCAGCCCAGCUCCACCCACUGCCCAGAUGAACCUGCUCCUUUUGCAGAUCGAGGAGGAUGAAGCAGACCUGGUAUUCUACCACCACUAUCCUCCCUACCCUAGCAUCAGUCCCAUUCCACCAUGGCAGCUUCCAGCCCAGCCCCCGGCCCAGCCACAGAAACAUCCUUCUGUAUGGCACCUCAGCCUGGACCAACACCCUGCCUCAGUGGGAAGAAAUCGCAAUGAGUUAGUGGUCCCUCCGCCUCCGCCACCCAGUGCCACUGGGACAGUGGGAGCUGAUAUCCCGCCUGCCUCAGAGUAUUAUGACUUUGCUGAGGGGAAGUUGUGAGCCUCUGAGACAUCCACCCAUCGCCGGCACUUCCAGUUUUGCCUAUCCCUUUGGACUUCAACCAGAUGCAACUGAUAGUGCAUCUGAGGCCUGAUGGAGCUCCUGAGAUUGGCCCUGGUGGACUGCUAUUACCCUCACUAACUGAAUUAAGUCUUGUGACACAUGGUCUCCUGUCAUUAACCUUGUCCUGAUGGAGAGGACCAGACAGUCUGUCUGGAAUUUCUAUCAGCUGAACAAUUUACAAAAAGGAUGACACUUCAUCAUCCAGUCGCUUCCAAGGUGUGGCCAUUUCUUUACACAACAACAGCUCUGAUCCCAGGCCUGAUACCAUUAGCUGCAAGUACAUGGGAAAAUGUCCUUCCCCUUAUGGAAUAGACUUGCUUGUUUGCCCUGGUGAUGGGUCAAUCAGAUCUCUAGUUCCUGGCUGUGGUGGUGGAGGACAGCAGGGUGUUUUCCAGCCCCAAGGGACAAUGCAGGUGUCCUGGACUGGAUCUCACAGUAAAAUCAGAGAUAUGAUAUCCAGGUGUCAGCUAUUUUUGGGUGCUGUUUGACUGUAUGUCCGUGGCCUUGCUGGCAUGGCUCUGGGGUAGGAAGGAAUGAGCUGGGUGGGCUAGACCUGGGUAUCCCCAUGUCCUCUGCAGGCCUCUCCAUGUAUUGCAUGCAGGUGAGCUGGACAAUAAAUGCCAGCCACAGAGGAAAGGACUAGGGUAAUAUCUGGCCAUGAGAAGGUCAACAGAAGGCAACACAAGGCCCAGAGUGUGGUAUCCUGAGGCUUGUAAUGUGGAAACAAUUCUUUAAUAUAUCCAGAAACAUAUCUACAGCUAUUUACAGUAGAGAGGUAAGAUUAUUACUGCUGUCCUUGCAAAUGUCUUGUGGCUGGCCUGCUUCUGUUCUGCCAUUCAGAAGCUCCCGAUGACCUCACCCAGGGUCUUAUGGGAUACCACACUCCUGGACAUUCUGUAUAUCCAGGAGGACUUACCUUAUGUCAUAUCUUCCCCUCUUACGAGAGCCUAACUAGAUUAAUAAUAUUACAACAAUAACUAUCACAAACGCAAACAAAUAUCCCUCAACCAGCCUUCUGGCUGUUUCAGCACUCUUCCAUCUCUGCUGUAUUGCAGCCCCGCAUUGUCUCUGAUCUUGUCUACAAUUGAACAUUUAGUCUCCUGGUCACAUUCUGGGUCAACUUGUAAAUUUGUUUCAGCUGGUGUCUUGUUGCUCUUUCACUCAUAUCAUUCUCGUUGUUAGGUAUUUUGAGAGGAUAUCUUUGAUUCCUUUAAGAUUUGCCCUUCAUCCAUGAUGACCAAGUAUGAGUGAUUGACUCUUCUUUAAUUACUGUAGCUUUAACUGGCUAGUGUCCAUCUUGCCAGAUUCGUACCGGAGCUUUGUUUUUCUUUAACUCUGGAAGUGGCUUUGCUUUUAUACUGUAAUUAUGCUUCUCUUUGUACUUUUCCAGUCUUUUCUGUACUAUCAACAGAUUCCUCUGUCACCAUUAACAUCUGGCUCAAGUUAUAGAGAAGUUCCACAGGUGACUUUCCAGAUUACAGUUACAUAGAUCUGAAGUUCAGUAGUGCCAGGUAGGAAUCUUUUCCUUCCUCAUUUGCUUUUUUAAGCAUGUUCUUCACAAGACAUACUCCAUAUUCUGCCAGUCCAGUCAUUGCCUGGAAGGUAUCUGAGACUGGACAUCGCAUAAAGAAAAUCAUAAAGUUGAGCAAAUCUUUGAAAUUUCCUAUUCUUGAGCUAUGGUCAAUUUCCAGGAAUUAUAGUUCUUGGAAGUCCAUGGUGUGCAAAUAUAAAUGUAACAUGUUUGA